GUAUACGUGACGUCGAUUCAUAUGCUGACGACUCACUGUCAAAGGAAACGCCGUCAAAGACCUCAGUCACGAGACUGCAUGCAUUACUUACCUCUCGUCUCGGAGACCUCUCUGCUAAACCAUUCAGUACUAACACAAGUAUAUCUGCGCGAGGCAAGUUUCUGAGUCCAGCCCGGGGGAUCUGCCAAGUAGGAGAUGCUUGAUGUUGACGGUCAACAGCCAAUGCGUUGAUAUAUGCGGGGCUACUUACAGCACCUCAGACGAGAGGACGACGCAUUUGCGUCCCGAAACUGUAACCGACGUGGGGUGCUCAUCAUCGCUCGGAUCCAUACACCGUGUCCUUGAUGAACAAGCCGAGCUUCCACCCGUACGGCAUCAGGUAACUCUAAGUACCCUGUGGUGCAGACGUGAUAACUUUGUUCUGCAGUACGGGAUGAAGGGUGCGCCCUGGGGCCUGCAUAGACCACUUCAACCAUCCUGUGGAUCGUUCCAAGGACGUGCGCGCCCGCAUGCACUAGGUAAUAGUCUACCGCAUAAGACGUACCUGGGCGCAUACACGAUACAUCCCCCCACCGAACAAGCACAUCGCUUGUUGGCUCACAUUGACAAGCGGCCAAGCAGCUCGAGCAUCGGUGUGAAGAUGUAUCACGAUGUUGUGGGUGCCGCGGAGCGCGAGCACUUGGUCUUGCAGGACAGAUCUGACGUUUGUGCUGUCAGACGAGAUGUCCACAACGUAAACGAGAAAUCCAGGAUACCAAGUACAUACCAGUGGGUGUGGCAGAUGUCAAGCCGAAGCAAUACCCAGGACGCCGUUGUUGAUACUAAUAGCAGAUGCAUGUGUGUUCGAGUUCAUUGAUGAGAAGCAGUGAAUGACUCGACUGAAACGUAAGGAACCUCAAUCAGGCAAGAACACGCACAUACCACUGAGAUGAGUGGAAUGCGAGUUCUGUAUGUCCAACGACAACAUUGUAACUACCUGUUCGUCACGGAG